UCUACGCCUCUAUAAACACUGUCGUCGAGCAAGAUGACACCACACAUUAUCCCGUGGAAGUUCUGAACGCCCAGAAAUUCCACGGUAUAUUCCAGCGCAUACCAUCAAGCUGAAGGUCAGUGUCCCGAUUAUGCUUCUUCGGAACCUAUCUUCUCCGAAGUUGUGUAACGGGACCCGCCUUAAAGUCAUCUCGCUCCACAGACACACCAUUGAGGCGGAAAUUCUUACGGGUUGUGGCGUCAGCGAGGCAGUAUUUAUACCACGCAUUCCCCUCAUACCUCAUAGCUACCCGUGCCAAAUCAAGCGCAUACAGUUCCCCGUGAGUGUUUGCUUCGCGCUGACUGCCUUGCACUUGCAGGAUUUUUUUGUCAGGUGCUGUUCCAUUCUCGGAUGCAGGCUGCAAGUAUGCACGACUGGUUUUGUGUAUUUUUGUGAAAAUUAA